UUUUCACCCCUUUACACCAUUCAGAAACUAAAAAUAAUGGGUGGUGCUGCCAGCUUGCAGGUGCCAUUCGCCUUCCCUCCCCAACAGCCCGGGGAACCUUCGACUCGCAAUUGGUAUCAAGAACUUCUGGACCAUCCCGAAUGUGCCAACAAUCCCGCCAAGAUACAAGAAGCCUACGAAUCCUUCCGAACCGCAAGCCUAGAGCGAUCGAUUGGCCUGCUUCACCCGUGUGGACGAGAUGGCAGCACCGACAGCCGUAAUAGUAGCCAUCUUGGCCCGCCAACGUCGCAGCGCAUCACUCCCGACAAAGCGCUCAUCCGCUACCUCAAGUGGCAGACCGAUGAGACCGACGGAGCCCAGGAGAUCGAGAAGCUUAGCAAACAAGAUGUGAAUUGCCUGGUUAUGUGGACGCGCCCCGACCAACUGAUUAUGCGCCUGCUCCUCGAUAUCCAGCACCGGUUGUCGCAAUGCGUAGGGCCUGACCUUCAUCUCACCCCGCAUACAUCCCUCCAUCUCUCCAUAAUCGAGCUCUCCCACCGCCACCCGAUCGCCCACCUCCGCGAGGUCUACGCCCACAUCGGCGAGUUGCAACUCAAGGCCCUCCUUGACACCCCCCGGAACGAGUACCACCAAGAACAGCGGCACAUCGCCCGCCUGGUCAAGCCGAAGCUCCUCUUCGACAAGCUCGGCGUGGCGAUCAGUUUUGUCCCCGCCACCGAUGACAACGAGGGCCCGUACACCUACCAUCAUCUCCGGAACCAGCUGCAUGCGAUGGCGCUGCAGACUGGGGUGAGCAUCGACACGUGCUAUACGGCGCCGAUUGCGCAUGUCACGCUCGGCCGGUUUGUGGGGACGGCGUUCUUCCAAGGAGGUGAGGCGGGGAUUGGGGAUGACCCGGGGAAGGUGGAAGAGCAGGGGAGGAGGGCGAUGGAGCGGUGGGUGGGUUUAAUCACGGAGAUUAAUGAGGACUUGGAACGGGAGUGUUGGGGGCAGGUGGUCUGGGAAGUUGGACGGCGGACGGCGUUGGAGGUUCAGCUGGGGUAUAUCAAGUUUGGGCGUGGGGUGGAGGAGGCUGAACUGGUUGGGAUACCGAUCGAGGAGGAGUGA